AUGGUCGUCAACACAGCCAGGGACACGAUCUCAGGGAAAAGAUGGCUAAAUGGCACAAAGAAGUACUGCUUGGUAAUCACGCUAGAUAUCAAGAAUGCGUUCAACUCCGCCAAAUGGGACCGUAUCAUCGAGGCAUUAUCGAAAUGCAAUGUACCGAGAUACUUGCAGAGAAUAAUUGGCAGCUAUUUCACUGGAAGCGUCCUUAAGUACGAUACGGAGUGUGGAUCCAAGGAGUACCGAGUUACCGGAGGUGUACCUCAAGGUUCAGUACUGGGUCCUUUGUUAUGGAAUAUUAUGUAUGACGGACUGCUGAAGCUCGGAUUGAUACGGGAAACCAAGCUCGUGGCAUUCGCAGAUGACGUGGCUGUAGUCCUCGUGGCCAAAUACUUAACAGAGAUCAAUUACAGCUUCGACACCAUCUUGAAGACGUUCCGCCAUUGUAUGGACGCCGUGGGACUGAAACUGGCAGGGUACAAAACGGAAGCCGUGCUGAUCACCAGCAGAAAGAAAAUCGAAACAAUAACGCUGCAGGUCGGGUCCUACGAAAUUACUUCUCAACCUUUCAUCCGAUACCUAGGGGUGAUGAUCGAUGCCCGACUCAAUUUCAAGCAGCAAACCGAGCACGUUGGUGCUAAAACUUCUGAAGUCAGUCUAAUUGAAUUGAAGAAAGAUUCGUCCAAUUAUGAGCAAGUGGUGAUACAAGAGAAAAUGACUAGCCUCGAAGAACAGGUACAAAUCCUCGAAAAACAAUUGGAGACCUUACAUGUUGAAUUAUCGGUAUGUCAACAACGAGCUGAAGAGCUCGCAAUGGAAAAAUUGGAGAUUGUAAAUAAUUUCAAGAGCCAAUUAGAGGAAAAAUCUCGAGAAGUGAAGGAGUUACAGCUAAACGUUGAGACAUUGCGGAGAGAAAGAGAUUCUUUACAACAGAAAAGAAAGUCCACAACUCCAGUGGCUUCGGCCACGCUUUUGACUCAACUUAAACAGGAGAGUCAUCAGGAGUCGGGGAAGAUCAGCCAUGGGUCUCUUGAAAUCCUGAAACUGAACGAUGACCUCCAAAAGACGACAACUGAUUUAAAACAUAGGAUCAAAGUACUGGAGAUGGAAUUGAAUACACGAACCACGCAAUCACAACAGAACGAACGAGUUCUUCGAGAGCAGACGAAGCAAUUGAAGGUUUCUGACGAGAUGAUCACAGUUAUGAAGGGGAGAAAAGAUAAUGGAAAUCUAAAUAUCCUUAAUAAAAACGGCCGGGAUCUCCUGGGAAAAGCCAGUCUCGAAGAACUCUACUCCACCCUUGAAGAGAAGCAAACGCAAGUGGUAAAGCUAGAGAAGAUGGUUAAAGAAAUGGAGGAUCACGAGAAACAUGCCCAGGAGCAGAGAACACGGCAGGAGAAACGCAUAGCCCAGUUAGAGCUCACGUUACAAACCAAGAUGAAUGAAAAUCGGAAAAGGUUCGGCAUCCUGUAAGAGAUUUUCCGAGUUCAAUCACCUUUGAUACCCG